AUUCAUAAUCCGUUCAUUUCCCAAUGUUUCAAUGUCGGUUUUCAUUUUGUCGUAGGGGAACGUUUUCCCGGCUUAUGCCGGGCUUUCCGUCGGAUUUCGAUGCCUUUAUUUCGGUGAAUAUUAAUGCGGUUAGUGAAUAAUGAUUUAACUGCCUCUAUAUUAAACGUGAUAUUAAAAUGAGAUGCCCCAAAACACAAAAAGUCAACCCAAAUGACAUGAUAAAGUCCGUCAGAGCUGUAAAGAAUAAGGAGAUGGGUUAUUUGAAAUCCUCAAAAGGAUUCGGAUACCUUCCCCCUCCAGUUCAAGUUCAGAAUGCAGCGGAAGCCUUAAGUUGGAUGAUUCAUCUUCUUAAAAAAGCGGCGAAAGCGAAUGCUUUAUUUUGUACGGGUCGAUUUUCCGAAGAUAAGAAGGAUGGAAAAAGGGCAAAAUGCAACCACUGACGUGGAUGGACACAUGAAGAUUGUGAAGAGAUUACCAGUAAAAUUUCCAUUUGCAGUUUCUGCAGAGGAAAGCGAUUUUUUGAAUAGUAUCUAAAAUUAGGGAAUCAGCUUCAAAUUAACAAAAAUAUUUAGUUUUUUUAAAAUAUACUUUUUGUCUGUAAAGAAUAUAUUUAAUAUUAUUUUUUUAUUUUAGAGUUUGCUUGGAGUGUCAC